AUGGAACCGAAUUUAUCGGCCAAACCAGAAGGGCUCGAUGCUUUUUGUGGUGAAAAAUAUUGGGUUAGUUUCUGACAUGGAAAGCUAUCCAAAAUUCCCCCCUGAAAAUUCCUGUUACUAUGCGGAUUUUUUAGGUCCUGGUGGGUUAUGAAAACUCCCAAAGGGAUUUUGUCUACAAAAAUUUCUAACAAGAGUUCCUGGGGAUCCAAUUUUUUUGGACCCAAAAAAUUUUUUUCACCUAAAAAAAUUCGUAACUUGGUUCAAACUCAACUAUUUUGGUCGAUCAAAAACGCAUUCUAAAGCUAAAUCCAUGAUAUUUAAUAAAAAAAUAGACCUACUAACAUAUAUUUUGAUUUUCACAUCGAAUGUGACCAAAAAUUGAGGACACCUCAAAAAAAAAUUUUCAAGUUCGGCAUGAUAGGGCAAAAAUCAGAAUGUCUAGUGUGAUUUUUCGAACUCCUCGCACAAAGUUACGUAUAUGGACAUAUUAAAAUCAUAUGGUCCCGCACCUCCCAGAGGCACUUUACUACCGAUUUUGUGCUUUUUUCUCACAAAAAGUGCAUUUUUGAUAGGAAGACUUACUGGCUAAGUGCCUAAUUCAUAGGUUAUUGAUCAGGAGGUCACAGGUUCGAUCCCCGUAGCCAACAUUUUUUUUAUUUUCAAAAUAAAAUUAUUUUUUGUUUCGAGUUAGCCAUACAAAUUUUUGAACGAAAAAAAAAGUUGAUCAAAAAAAUAUAAUUUUCUUUAGACAGUACUUAAAAAUAGCUCAACAAAUGAAUUUCAAUUAUUUUAAGCAUAAAAACUUGAAAUUUGGUUUGAUAAUAAUGGAUUUGUAAAACUGGAAGAGCUUGGAAUUUUCAAUGAACUUGAUUGUAGUUUUUAUUGUUAACAUCUUCCGAGUACUUACAAAACGAAAAAAAAAUUAAAUAAGUUUUUUUUUCGAAAAAUUGAUCGAUGACGUCAUCCAUGGCAAAAUUAGGAAGCCUUCCUAAUUUAGCCACGAGUCAUUUUUUUAUCAAAAAUUUGAAAAUUUUCGAUGAAUUCGCAGGCCGAUUUUUAUUUGAAAAAACUCGGGCCGAUUUAUUUGAAAAAAUUUUUCUAAAAAAAAAUCGGCCCGAAUUUUUUCAAAAAAAAAUCGGCUCGAGGUUUUUCAAAAAAAUCGGCCCGAGUUUUUUCAAAAAAAAAAUCGGCCCGAGGUUUUUCAAAUAAAUCGGUCCGAGUUUUUUCAAAAAAAAAUCGACCCGAGUUUUUUCAAAAAAAAAAAAAAUCGACCCGAGUUUUUUCAAAUAAAUCGGCCCGAGUUUUUUCAAAAAAAAAAUCGGCCCGAGUUUUUUCUAAAAAAAAUCGACCCGAAUUUUUUCAAAAAAAAAUCGGCUCGAGGUUUUUCAAAAAAAUCGGCCCGAGUUUUUUCAAAAAAAAAUCGGCCCGAGUUUUUUCUUAAAAAAAAUCGGCCCGAAUCUUUUCAAAAAAAAAUCGGCCCGAAUUUUUUCAAAAAAAUCGGCUCGAGGUUUUUCAAAAAAAUCGGCCCGAGUUUUUUCAAAAAAAUCGGCCCGAGUUUUUCUUUAAAAAAAUCGGCCCGAAUUUUUUCAAAAAAAAAAUCGGCUCGAGGUUUUUCAAAAAAAUCGGCCCGAGUUUUUUCAAAUAAAUCGGCCCGAGUUUUUUCAAAAAAAAAAAUCGGCCUGCGAAUUCAUCGAAAAUUUUCAAAUUUUUGAUAAAAAAAUGACUCGUGGCUAAAUUAGGAAGGCUUCCUAAUUUUGCCAUGGAUGACGUCAUCAAUCAAUUUUUCGAAAAAAAAACUUAUUUAAUUUUUUUUUCGUUUUGUAAGUACUCGGAAGAUGUUAACAAUAAAAACUACAAUCAAGUUCAUUGAAAAUUCCAAGCUCUUCCAGUUUUACAAAUCCAUUAUUAUCAAACCAAAUUUCAAGUUUUUAUGCUUAAAAUAAUUGAAAUUCAUUUGUUGAGCUAUUUUUAAGUACUGUCUAAAGAAAAUUAUAUUUUUUUGAUCAACUUUUUUUUUCGUUCAAAAAUUUGUAUGGCUAACUCGAAACAAAAAAUAAUUUUAUUUUGAAAAUAAAAAAAAUGUUGGCUACGGGGAUCGAACCUGUGACCUGCUGAUCAAUAACCUAUGAAUUAGGCACUUAGCCAGUAAGUCUUCCUAUCAAAAAUGCACUUUUUGUGAGAAAAAAGCACAAAAUCGGUAGUAAAGUGCCUCUGGGAGGUGCGGGACCAUAUGAUUUUAAUAUGUCCAUAUACGUAACUGAUGAUUUUUGCCCUAUCAUGCCGAACUUGAAAAUUUUUUUUUUUGAGGUGUCCUCAAUUUUUGGUCACAUUCGAUGUGAAAAUCAAAAUAUAUGUUAGUAGGUCUAAUUUUUUUAUUAAAUAUCAUGGAUUGAGCUUUAGAAUGCGUUUUUGAUCGACCAAAAUAGUUGAGUUUGAACCAAGUUACGAAUUUUUUUAGGUGAAAAAAAUUUUUUGGGUCCAAAAAAAUUGGAUCCCCAGGAACUCUUGUUAGAAAUUUUUGUAGACAAAAUCCCUUUGGGAGUUUUCAUAACCCACCAGGACCUAAAAAAUCCGCAUAGUAACAGGAAUUUUCAGGGGGGAAUUUUGGAUAGCAUUCCAUGUGAGAAAAGAAAUUUGAUGGAAUAAAGUUAAUUCAAUGUGUUCAGGAUCCUGCAAUAUGGAAUGUGUCGGGUAUUCCAAUUCUCUCACAAUGUUAUCAACAUACAACACUUGUCUGGAUUCCAACAGCAGUUGUUUUUUUGUUGGCACCAAUUUUGUCAGCGCAAAUAUUUUACAAAAGACCUAAUCCGAUUCCAUGGUCAACUAGAAUGAAAUUAAAAAUUGUAAGUUUUCGGGUAUAUUUUUCUUUUGAAGAUUUAGGAUAACAUUGAUUCAUAUUUAUUGAAGUGAUUUUUUUCAAUUAUUUUCAACAUGACUCUUAUUGCAGGGUGUUUCAAGUAUUCUGAUAGCUGAUUCAAUCUCACUGUUUGUUAUUGCAAUUUAUGAAACGAUUUUUGAUGGUUUUCCAUAUGCUGUUGAUUAUGUAUAUCCACUUACUCUAACCCUAGCAAUGAUAGUUCUUUGUGCAUUCAUUGUAUUUUGCCGAAAUUAUGGAAUUGUCACAUCGGGAGGUUUAUUUAUUUCCUGGCUGGUUUUUGUGGUUUGUGGAGUUCCUGAGUUCAUGUAUUGGAUUGACAAAAUUGUUGCUCCAAAAGAGGUAUUGUUUUUUUUCGAAGUAUGAGAAUAUCUUGAAAAUAAUUUUUUUCAGGCUUGGGAUUGGCUUGAUUACCCGAGAUGCAUUGCAUAUAUGGUUUGGUGGUUCAGUCUGGUUCUUCAAUUAUAUCUUCAUUGUUAUGCUGAUCAAUCUGUUGAUGGUUAUAAAUAUCUGAAUAACAGUAGAAAUCCAAGUCCUGAAACAGUUUCAUCAUUUUUGAACAGAAUUACAAUGUGGUGGUUCAACAGUUUGUGUGCUUUGGGAGUCAAAAAACCACUAGAAGUCAAUGAUUUAUAUUCAUUGAAUGAAGGAGAUAUUUCGGCAAGUUUAGUUCCGAAAUGGUUUGAACAAUGGGACAAAGUCAAUAAAAGUGAGUUAUUAUAAUUUCCAGAGAUGAAGUUUUGAAUCGUAUUUUUUCCAGAAUAUGAAGAUGAAAAACGUCGCCGCAAAGCUGUUCAUGAAAAUGGAACAAGACGUAGAACUCUGUCGAACGAUCAAACUCCACUCUUGGCAGCAACCUCAUCAGAUGAUUAUGGAAGUGUUACUUCUGAACAGGAGCAAACCAAGCUUCCCUCAAUUAAUUGGUGUCUUUUCCAAAUGUUCAAACUUGAUGUGAUUGUUGCAAUGGUUAUCAAAUUCUUCAGUGAUAUUUUACUUUUCUGUAAUCCAAUGCUUCUCAAAUCUUUGAUUCAAUUCACUGAACAACUUGAAAGACCAAUGUGGCAAGGAGUUAUGUUAGCAUUUGCCAUGUUCUUGUCAGCAGAACUCUCAUCUCUUCUACUUUCACACUAUUAUUAUUUGAUGUAUCGAGUUGGAACACGAGUUCAAACUUGUUUAACAGCAGCUGUCUAUCGAAAAACAUUGAGAUUAUCAAAUAGUGCAAGAAGAGAGAAAACAUCUGGAGAAAUUGUUAAUUUAAUGGCUAUUGAUAUUGAUAGAUUCCAACAAAUCACUCCACAAAUUAUGCAAUAUUGGUCCAACCCGUUACAGGUAAAUUAAUUAAUACUACACAAUUUUUCAUAUAUUUUUUUUGAAAAUUCCAGAUUGGACUAGCUCUCUUCUUGUUGUUCAAACAACUUGGUGUUUCAGUUUUCAGUGGAGUUAUUGUUAUGGUUUUACUCUUCCCAAUCAAUUUCAUCAUCACAAUGAUCAUCAGAAAAUGGCAAAUCAAGCAAAUGUAUUAUAAAGAUGAAAGAACAAAGAUGGUAAAUGAAUGUUUGAAUGGAAUAAAAGUGAUCAAAUUAUAUGCCUGGGAACCACCUAUGGAACGAGUUAUUGAAGAUCUCAGAGAGAAGGAGCUUGGAUUAAUCAGACAAGCCGCAUUUUUAAGAACAUUUUCUGAUAUGUUGAAUUGUGCAUCUCCAUUUUUAGUAGCUUUAUCAACAUUUGCUACGUUUAUUUACAUUGAUCCAUCAAAUGUGUUGACUCCAGAAAUUGCUUUUGUUUCUUUGACACUUUUCAAUCAGUUAAGAAAUCCAAUGUCACAAAUUGCUGAAUUGAUCACUCAAACAGUUCAAGUUAUUGUUUCCAACAAAAGACUGAAGGAAUUCCUUGUUUCUGAAGAAUUGGAUAUGAAUGCUGUUGAUUUCACGGCUAGAGAUAGUGAGUUGUCAAAUUGAAUGUAAGAUUUUCAAUUUUUUCUUUCAGACGAUGAUGUUAUCAAUGUCGAAGAUACAACUCUCACCUGGGAUACAUCUGACAAAAGUGCAAUUUCUUUGAGUGGAUUAAACUUCUCGGUUCAGCGAGGUCAAUUGGUUACUGUAGUCGGAAGAGUUGGAGCCGGAAAAAGUUCAUUGCUUCAAGGAUUGAUGGGUGAAAUGGAAAAAGUUAGUGGUUCGAUAGGACUUCACGGUAGAUUAUCAUAUGUUCCUCAACAACCCUGGAUGCAAAAUAAUACAUUGAAACAAAACAUCACUUUUGGAAAACAAUAUGAUGAAUAUUUUUAUUCGCGUGUUUUGGAUGCUUGUGCACUUCACAGAGAUCUUCAAAUGCUUCCAUUAGGAGAUAUGACUGAAAUCGGUGAAAAAGGUAUCAAUUUAUCUGGUGGUCAAAAAGCAAGAAUUUCAUUGGCUCGUGCAGUUUAUCAAAACCACGAUAUUUAUUUGAUGGACGAUCCGAUGAGUGCAGUUGAUGCUCAUGUUGGAGCACAAUUAUUUAAUUCAGUCAUUGGACCAGAAGGAAUGCUCCGGAAUAAAACAAGAGUUCUCGUCACAAAUCAAUUAUCAUUCCUUGAAAGAUCAGACUUGAUCAUUGUAAUGAAGGAUGGAAAAGUUGAAUAUGAGGGAAGUUACACUGAAUUGAUGCAACAAGGAGCAUUCGAGCAAUUGUUGUUAGAAUGUGAAAAAGAAGAUCAAGAAAGAAGAGAGGCUGAAGCAUCUGACGAUGAUUCAUGUUCAGAACCUGGAGGCAGUAAGUUUCAUAAAUUUAUAAUAAAUUUCAAUUUUUUUUUCAAUUUGUUUAGUUUCAAUCGAUGGAGAUUCCGAAUUUGAUUAUGACGAUGAAAACCUUGAAUCACCAAUCAUUGAUCAUGUUCUUGGAACAAGUCACAUGUCAACAGUUUCUGGAAUAAUUAGCAAAAGAAGACCAAGCUUUUCGAAUAAAAGACGGCGAAGAUUAUCAACUGCAAGAUCUGGAAUGUUUACACCAUCUGAAAUAUCAGCAACAACAAAUACAACAAGACAAUUAACAUCUGCUGAAAGAGUCGAAACUGGAAGAGUCAAAAUGGACACUUAUAAAAACUAUUUUGGUGCUAUGGGUGUUUUUACAGUCCUUGUAUUUGUUGUUGGAAUGACUACAAGUACAAUUGUCUCAAUGGGAAGAAAUUUGUGGUUGACCGAUUGGUCGAAUGAUAAUAUUGCCACUGGUACAAAUGUUACUGGUAAAACAAUCGGUGUUCGACUUGGAGUUUAUGCUGCUCUUGGAUUUUCUGAAAGUAUGUUAAAUUUUCAGAUUUUUAAAAACAUUCUAAAUCUAUUUCAGCUGGUCUACUUUUUGUUGGAAUGCUAUCCUUAUUGUAUGGUGGUGUUGCUGCUUCUCGAAAUCUUCACGCUCCACUUAUGAAAUCAUUAUUCCGAGUUCCAAUGGCAUUUUACGAUACAACUCCAUUUGGUAGAAUUCUUAACAGAAUAGGAAAAGAUAUUGAAACAGUUGAUGUUCUUUUACCAUUCAAUGUUCAGUUUUUCGCACAAUGUCUCCUUCAAGUUAUCUCAACUCUCAUUAUCAUUAUGAUUUCUACACCAGUAUUUGGAAUUGUUGUUAUUCCAUUGGCAAUAAUGUAUUUGAUGGUUAUGGUGAGGUCGAAAAGUUAGUAUACAUUCAGUCAUAUUUUAUUGUUUCAGAGAUAUUAUAUUGCAACUUCAAGACAAUUGAAACGACUUGAAUCAAUAACGAGAAGUCCAAUUUAUAGUCAUUUGAGUGAAUCGAUAAAUGGUUCUUCAACAAUUCGAGCAUAUCACUUAGUUGAUCGUUUUUGUAAAUUAUCCGAGCAAAAAGUUGAUACACAUGUUCAAUGUCGAUAUUUGAAUUAUGUUGCAAAUCGAUGGUUGUCUGUUCGUCUUGAGUUUAUCGGAAAUUGUAUUGUUUUGUUUGCUGCGAUGUUUGCAGCGUUAACAAGAACAACAACAACGUCUGGAGUCAUUGGAUUGUCAGUUUCAUACGCUUUGAAUGUGAGUUUUACUUGUUUGACUGAUCUUGAAAAUAAUUUUAAACAUAAUUUCAGAUCACCACAGUAUUAAACUUUGCUGUUCGUCAAAUCACAAAACUUGAAACAAAUAUUGUAUCUGUUGAACGGGUUAAAGAAUAUUCAGAAGUUGAAACUGAAGCUGAAUGGAAAUCGGAACCUGGAAAGGAAAUUCCUCAAAACUGGCCAUCUGAGGGUAGAAUCAUUAUGAAUAACUAUUCUGCCAGAUAUCGUCCAGGAUUGAACCUUGUUGUCAAACAAUUGAACGCUGAAAUCAAACCACAUGAAAAAAUCGGAAUUGUUGGACGAACUGGAGCAGGAAAAUCAUCUGUUACUCUUUCCCUUUUCCGUAUUAUUGAAGCUGCUGAAGGUCAAAUCGUUGUUGAUGGGAUCAAUAUUGCUGAAAUUGGACUACACGAUUUACGAUCUAAUUUCACUAUUAUUCCCCAAGAUCCUGUAUUGUUUUCUGGAACUUUGAGAUUCAAUUUAGAUCCGUUUAAUCAUCAUGCCGAUGAAGAUAUUUGGAGAGCACUUGAGAUGGCUAAUCUCAAAGAUUUUGCAUUGAGCCAAAAUUCCAAAUUGAAUUAUGUGAUCUCAGAAGGGGGAGACAAUAUUAGGUAAGUUAACUUGACAGUAAGAUAAUUUUGAAUUUGAGUAUUUCAGUGUUGGUCAACGUCAACUUGUUUGCCUUGCUCGCGCACUUCUCCGAAAAACACGAGUUCUUAUUCUUGAUGAAGCUACUGCAGCUAUUGAUGUUUCUACUGAUGCUUUGAUUCAAAAAACAAUUCGAGAAGAGUUUGCGAAUUCUACAGUUUUGACAAUUGCUCAUCGUUUGAACACUAUUAUGGAUUAUGAUAGGUCAGUCUCUCAAAAUAUUAAAAAUUCUGUAUCUCUAUUAUUUUUGUAGAAUUAUCGUGUUGAACGAGGGAAAAAUCGGUGAAUUCGACAGUCCGAAGAGACUUUUGGAAAAUCGAAAUUCAGAAUUCCAUUCCAUGGCAAAACGGGCUGGACUCAUCUAA